AUUAUCAAUAUUUGAUCAAAUGCUAAAACAAAUAAAAUAUUAUUUAAAAGUGGAUAAGUCAUCAGAUAUAUUAAAUUGUGAUAAAGAAAUAAUACAGCGUUGUAAAACAGUUAAAUCUCUAGAAGAGUCAUUUGAAGAACUUAUGAAACAAGUUUCUAAUAACUUAUACGAUAUACAGCAUAGUUUACAAAAAAAAACCAUAAAUUAUACAUUAGAUGAAGAUAUAUUAAAUUUUAUGGGUUUAGACACAAUUUUAAAUUCACCAGAACUUAAUUUAUGUACUGACUAUAUAUGGGAAGAAAAGAUAGCAAAUCAAAUAUUGGUCUCUCCAAUACAAGGGAAAUAUAAAUACUUGUUUAAAAGACACAAAUGCAAUAUUCCAUUUGAAAGAUCAACAAGAUAUCAAGUUAAUGAUAGCCUAGAGAGUGUCACACCAAGCUGGGAAUCUCCGCAAAAACAAUUAGUAUACAAAACAACCUCUGUUAAUAGACUCAGUGUUUCUCCAAAAUAUUCUAGAUUAUUUUCCACUAGUGAUAGAAAAAAGAAUUAUUUGAAAAAUAAUAAUGCAGCAUCUACUCCAAAUAGAAAUAUAACACCAAAAAAAUCUAGCAUUCAAAUUCCAAACACACAAGAGAUAAAUAUAGAUGCUGCAAUUAAAGAUAUUUUUGAUCUUUCUUGUAAAAUUGCGGAUGUUGUAGUUUCCAUGUCUAAAUCUUAAUUCAACUUACAAUUAGUAGUUCCACAUUACAAGGAUGCCAUGCAAUUUGAGAAAAAGUAAACACCAAAGUAAUUGGAAAUAAUGUAUUUGUUGUAUAAUAUAUAUGUACAUUUCAAAUUAAAUUAAUGAAAAAUCUA